AUAUCCUAAUAAAUUCCCCCAUUUUUCUCUAACAACAGAGAUACAGCCUGUAUAUGGACUCAUUUCAAACCUUUUUUUGUUCUAUAAAAGUUUCAAAUUAUCCAAAAAUGUUUCUAUCACUAUCAACAAAACCUCUAAUUAAAAAUUCCUUAAAUCUUACUGACAGUUUGAAUUAUUAAAAUUGUGUUUUGAUUUGAAGCAAAAUGGCAAGAAGAAAUUUUGUGGAUUGAGAGUUUGUUUGAUUAUUUUUUUCAUUUGCUUUUCAGUGUUGAACUGUACUCACAUAUCAGGUUGAAUAUGAGCAUGAAUUUCUCCGAGUCUACUAGAGAUGUAUAUAAUCGAAUUCAGAAACUAGAGCCAGAUCAUGUGAAUAAGAUCAUUGUCUAUCUCAUCGAUCAGCAUCAUGGUGAGCAGGACAUGAUUAGAUUAGCGUUUAGUCCCGAAAAUGUGAUCCGUUCGAUUGUUAACAAAGCUAAGAAUGAUCUUGGAUUAUCACCCAAACCAGCCAUUUCUGGUCCUCUUUCACCCCCAUUGAAAUUUGGUCUAUUCUCAUCAGCUUCACCUCGCCCCUUUACGAACCAUCAAGUUGGAAAUCUGUACUGGGAGCAUCAAGGGCAGGCUGAAAAUCGUCCAAUUCAUAGCUCGGAUGUUUUGCCAGCAGGUUGCUCCGAUCCUAUGACUGAUGAAUAUCAACUCCAAAAUCAACUUCAUUUCUUAUCUUUGGAUGAUCACUCAGACCACAAUUCCGUUGGACGUACAUUUGGUCCAAGAUCAAGUCGAAGGACUUCAAGCUUGCCUGAGAUUCCUGUUAAGAUUUGUCAUUACUUUAACAAAGGCUAUUGUAAGCAUGGAAAUAACUGUAGAUACGUUCAUGCAUAUCCAACGCAGGAAAGCUUCUCCCAAGUUUUCAACGGAAAUUUAAAUGAUGUAGUUACUGAUGAACAUGCUAUCUCUCCUGGAUCUCUAAAGAAACUAGAGAUGGAGCUCGCUCAGCUUCUCAAAUCCAAAGGGGGUGACCCUGUUUCUAUUGCUUCGUUGCCUAUGUUGUAUCAUGAGAUGUUUGGCAGAACACUUCAGGCCGAGGGUUAUCUCACAGAAAGUCAGAGACACGGGAAAGCUGGAUAUAGCCUGACUAAACUCCUCUCCCGACUAAGAAACAGCAUUCGUGUCAUCGACAGGCCCCAUGGACAGCAUGCCGUUAUUUUGGCUAAGGAUAUUCACAAAUACUUGGAAUGCAAUGGAGAAAGAAAUGAACAUGGAGCAAUUGUAGCUGAUUCUCGCCAGAUUUAUCUGACUUUUCCGGCUGAGAGUACCUUCAGCGAGCAAGAUGUUUCCAACUAUUUCACUCAGUUUGGACCAGUCCAAGAUGUUAGGAUUCCUUGUCAACAGAAGAGAAUGUUCGGAUUUGUAACUUUUGCUUACACAGAGACAGUUAAGCAGAUCUUGUCAAGGGGGAAUCCUCAUUUAGUCUGCGAUGCACGUGUUUUGGUGAAACCUUACAGGGAAAAGUCCAAGCUUGUAGAUAGAAAAUGUCCGGAGAAAGCUUAUCAAGUUUCUUGUUAUAAUCCUUUCGCUCAUGCAGUAUCUGCACACCAAUCUUUACAUAGGCGGGCAAUUGAGUUUGAGAGAAGACGUUUUGAGGAGUUUCAACAUUAUCAAAUGCGUGUUGGCUACUCAAUAGAGAAUUUGAAACUUGCUUCAGAAGGACAUAGCGAACAGUUAGAUUUCCCAUCGGCUGAGGGUUUUCCUUACAUGCUAAAUGUAUGGAACAAUGGUUCCACCAGCAACAACAAAACUAGUCUUGUUAAGACGAAUCAUUAUGACCAAGAAAGGGUUCAAGUAUUGAAUCUUCCUGAAAGCCCUUUUGCAUCUCCAACAAGGAAUAGCAUUUGAACGGUCACUUAGUAAGUUCAGAAACUCAAAAGGACUGACUUUUUCGGAAUAGCAAUUUGGACAUUCGACUCACAAACUACUUCUCUUCCUCCAUAUUUUCUUCCAUAAAAACAAUAGUAAUUUAAUAUAGUUGUUCAGCUGCCUGCAAAUACAUCUGAUCUUGCAGAAAGUAUUAUUAUUAUUCUUUUCUCUUAGGUGCACAUCAUAAGAAAUUGAUAUCUUUAAAGUUUGAUGGAUAGGUCCAGAUCUAGCAAAGUUGGAUAAACAGAAAUGCUAAUGUUCUUUAAGUGCUAACAAUAAAGUUAUAUAUAAUUUUCAUUUCCAUUCUCUCUUUA